CGGCGGCGCGCCUGCGCACUGGGCACUCCGUCCCUUUUCCUCCCGCGGUGCCCGGCGCUCGCGCAGGAAGCAGCGGAAGAAGAUGGCGCUCACCAGCUUUUUGCCUGCACCUACUCAGCUGUCUCAGGACCAGCUCGAGGCCGAGGAGAAGGCGCGGUCCCAGAGGUCCCGACAGACUGCACUGGUCUCCUCCCGGAGAGAGCCUCCCCCCUACGGGCACCGAAAGGGCUGGAUCCCACGCUUACUGGAGGACUUUGGAGAUGGCGGCGCUUUCCCAGAGAUCCAUGUGGCCCAGUAUCCACUGGAUAUGGGGCGAAAGAAAAAAAUGUCAAACGCGCUGGCCAUCCAGGUGGAUGCUGAAGGGAAAAUCAAAUACGAUGCCAUUGCUCGCCAAGGACAGUCAAAAGACAAGGUCAUUUACAGCAAGUACGCUGACCUGGUCCCCAAGGAAGUCAUGAACGCGGACGACCCCGACCUGCAGCGGCCAGACGAGGAAGCCAUUAAAGAAAUAACAGAAAAGACGCGGGUAGCCUUGGAAAAGUCUGUAUCGCAGAAGGUGGCUGCGGCCAUGCCAGUGCGAGCUGCCGACAAGCUGGCCCCUGCACAGUACAUCCGGUACACACCGUCUCAGCAAGGCGUGGCUUUCAACUCAGGUGCCAAACAGAGGGUUAUUCGGAUGGUGGAGAUGCAGAAGGACCCGAUGGAGCCUCCCAGGUUCAAGAUCAAUAAGAAAAUUCCUCGGGGACCUCCUUCUCCUCCUGCACCGGUCAUGCAUUCUCCAAGUCGGAAGAUGACCGUGAAAGAACAACAGGAGUGGAAGAUUCCUCCCUGUAUUUCAAACUGGAAAAAUGCAAAGGGCUACACGAUCCCACUAGACAAGCGUCUGGCUGCUGAUGGCAGGGGACUGCAGACCGUCCACAUCAACGAGAACUUCGCGAAGCUGGCUGAAGCCCUCUACAUCGCCGACCGGAAGGCUCGUGAAGCUGUGGAAAUGCGCGCUCAGGUGGAGAGAAAGAUGGCUCAAAAGGAAAAGGAAAAACACGAAGAGAAACUUCGAGAAAUGGCCCAGAAGGCCCGGGAGAGAAGAGCUGGGAUCAAAACCCAUGUGGAGAAAGAGGACGGGGAGGCACGGGAGAGAGAUGAGAUCCGACAUGACAGGCGGAAAGAGAGACAACACGACCGGAACCUGUCCAGGGCAGCCCCAGAUAAGAGGUCGAAACUUCAAAGAAAUGAAAACCGAGAUAUCAGUGAAGUCAUAGCUCUGGGAGUGCCCAAUCCUCGAACCUCCAACGAGGUCCAGUAUGACCAACGGCUCUUCAACCAGACCAAGGGCAUGGACAGUGGCUUCGCAGGGGGAGAAGAUGAGAUCUACAACGUUUACGAUCAAGCCUGGAGAGGCGGUAAGGACAUGGCCCAGAACAUCUACCGGCCCAGUAAGAACCUGGACAAGGACAUGUACGGCGAUGACCUGGAGGCCAGAAUCAAGACCAACAGGUUUGUUCCAGAUAAGGAGUUUUCAGGUUCAGAUCGCAGGCAGAGAGGCCGGGAAGGACCCGUGCAGUUUGAGGAGGAUCCUUUCGGUUUGGACAAGUUCUUGGAAGAAGCCAAACAGCACGGUGGCUCCAAGCGACCCUCUGAGAGCAGCCGCCCCAAGGAGCACGAGCACGAGAGCAAGAAGAGGAGGAAGGACUAGGCCCUCCUCCCCAGGGUGGUGCCACUGCUCGCAGGCCCCCGCGAUGCCGGUCGGGACGCCGCCUCACGACCAGGAUGAAAACCAGACCCGGGUGUCCGCCCAGCACUACUUGUUAUUACGGGAGAAAGGGUGGCGGGACUUGUACUUUCCACACUUAGUUUUUUUUAAAGAAUGAGUUGUUCGUCCUUCUCCCACCUCUUGCCAUUUCUAGAACACGCUUCCCCAGUAAGACCGCUUCCUUUUGUGUGACUUUGGGGUCAGUAUUUUGUAUAAGCACUAAGGAAUAAAGUAACCCCGGCAGCACUGAAUGGAAGGAUGUUCGUGUGUUAGAAGCGACCAGGCCGCUUCCCCCUAACGUGCUGCUUGAGAUCGGGAAGUAAGCUCUUGCUUGGUAUAAUAUUUGUUUCAAAUAAAACAUUUAGACAGAAA